CAGGGCGCGGGAAGUGAGCUCAGGCGCAGAGGAACUCCCUCCUUCGCCGGCCUGGGUGUUGUGUUCUCCGUCUCCGCUCCGUGUCUCCGAGAAAGAGAGAGAGAGAGAGAAGGCAGGAGAAGGAGGAAGAGAAGGAAGAAGAGGAGGAGGAGGAGGAAGAGGAAGAACCUGAGGGCAGGCAGAGGCGGCGGCGGCGGCUGCUCCUUGGCGGCGGAGGGAGGCGGAGGCGGCCGGCCCAGCUGAGCCUGCGGCGGGGAGCCAUGUCGGACCAGGAAGCCAAACCUUCAGCAGAGGACUUGGGAGAUAAGAAAGAGGGAGAAUACAUUAAACUCAAAGUCAUUGGGCAGGACAGCAGCGAAAUACACUUCAAGGUGAAAAUGACAACGCAUCUAAAAAAACUUAAAGAAUCGUACUGUCAGAGACAGGGAGUUCCUAUGAAUUCACUCAGGUUCCUCUUUGAGGGUCAGAGAAUUACUGAUGAUCAUACUCCAAAAGAGCUCGGGAUGGAAGAAGAAGAUGUGAUUGAAGUUUAUCAGGAACAGACAGGAGGCCAUUCAACAAUUUAGAUUGUUUGCUCCCCACCCCUCCGUUCCCUUUUAUUCUUUUCUUAUUUUUGAAUAAUAGUUCUUUUGUAAUGUGGUAUAUAACACUGAAUCGAAACCGGCACCAUACGCCCAUAUCUGGGGUCUUAUUUACAAAUGUCUGUUAUAAAUACUUGUGCUCAUUAUACACUAUCAUUUGUUUUCAUUGUACUGAAUUCUUGUGCUCCCCCUGCGGUUGUACUUCGCUGUUUUCCCCGUUUCCUCUUUAGAAACACACCCGCCACCCACACGUGCAUUUGUGUGUUCACAAGGCUCAUGUAUUUCAAGCACGUUGACUGAUCUGCCAGAUUGGGCGCAAAGCUUUCUUAAAAUUUCCGUAUUGGCCCCAAGGUUUUUUUCCCCCCCACGUGCGGCUUUUACUUGUGGAUUUUAAGUUACAAAGGAGCUGACGCUUUUCUGAGAGCUUAGCAAUGGAAGGAUUAUGUCCUCAAAUUAUGUCCUCAAACUUUGUUCUGUAUCAUUUGCUGGUGGACUAGGACAGAACAGCAUCCAGAUGUUGAUGGGGAAAUGUAGUCUUUUUUUGGGCAUGAGAUACACGAAAUCACCGAAGAGAACUUGGAAAAUCCUACUGAUUUUUCAUCGGCAGAAAAGCCCAGGAACAUUCUAAUUUUUAGUACUUUCAUGUACCAAGAGUUGCUAAUAAUUUCAUUCUUUUGGCCUGAGAUGUGGUUUUUGAAUGCACACCUAGACUGUACUGGCUUCCCUUUAAAUAAAUGAGAGGAAACAAAUUUAUAAGCAUUGCAUUUUUUGAGAUACCCGUGGCUUGGAUAAAGGUAAAGGGACCCCCUCACCAUUAGGUCCAGUUGGGGUUGCGACGCUCAUCUCGCUUUAUUGGCCAAGGGAGCCAGCAUACAGCUUCCAGGUCAUGUGGCCAGCAUGACUAAGCCACUUCUGGCGAACCAGAGCAGCGCACGGAAACGCCGUUUACGUUCCUGCUGGAACGUAUUUAUCUACUUGCACUUCGAUGUGCUUUUGAACUGCUAGGUUGGCAGGAGCAGGGACCGAGCAACAGGAGCUCACCCCCGUUGCGGAGAUUCGAACCGCCAACCUUCUGAUUGGCAAGGCCCAGGCUCUGUUGUUUAUCCCACAGCACCACCCACGUCCCUUUCCCGUGGCUUGGAUACUUUUUGGCAAAAGCAGUGAGGAAUAUUUAAGGAACACUGGUUUUCAGCCAUUGACCAGUGCCUGAGAAUAUGACAGUGUGGCAACAACUGAUUUUGUUAUUCCACCUUGCAAACUAGCACACUCUUUGCCACUUGCUCUCAAAUUGUAAGUAGCAGUCUAUCUUCAACUAAUAGAUGUCUUUUGUGAAUGCCUCCUCGGUUCUGAAAAUUAAUGUUAGCAUAAGGUUGGAAACCCGGGUGGCGCUGUGGGUUAAACCACAGAGCCUAGGGCUUGCUGAUCAGAAGGUUGGCGGUUCGAAUCCCUGUGACGGGGUGAGCUCCCGUUGCUCGGUCCCAGCUCCUGCCAACCUAGCAGUUCGAAAGCACGUCAAAGUGCAAGUAGAUAAAUAGGUACUGCUACAGCGGGAAGGUAAACGGCGUUUCCAUGUGCUGCUCUGGUCUGCCAGAAGCGGCUUUGUUAUGCUGGCCACAUGACCUGGAAGCUGUACGCCGGCUCCCUCGGCCAAUAAUGCGAGAUGAGCACCGCAACCCCAGAGUCGGUCAUGACUGGACCUAAUGGUCAGGGGUCCCUUUACCUUUAAGGUUGGAAAGGGUUGCAAGAAUUGGGGGGGGGGCGCCCAAGAAUUUUGUGAGCCCCCUGCGAUUAGCACUUCAUGACCUUUUUUAAAGUUGUAAAAGGGGCACACUAAGGUGUCUGUUUUGAAUGAAGUUAGUCACAGAAAAUGCUCACUUAAAAUUGAUGGAGCUCAAAUUAGCCACAACGAACUUGCUCCAUUGUGUUUAAUGCAGUUUAAGCGCGAGUAACUUUAUAAAUUGAGCGCCUUGUGUUGCACUGGAAAUCCUAGGUGAUCUUGAGGUUCAUCAAAUGCUGUACACUGGUAACAAAAACCAUGCAUGAGCUCUGCUUGUCGCUUGCAUAAGACUAGUGUGAGACGGGCCAGAGCUGCUUGCAAGACAUGAUCGAGAACUUCAUCCUGUGAACUGCAAAGCUUUGUCAUGUAACUUCGUAGGAUCAGCAUCAAAGCCCUUGCGCCAAAACCCUAUUUCUUAUGUAGAAGUAAGCCUAACUGAUUUCCAGGGAGCACAUGUAAGCAUUCUUAGGGUAUAGGGAUUCCUGAAUAUACGUCUCAACCCAAUGCUGUCCCAAACUAAAUGGUGAAUGGUUAGAGCAGCUUUCCAAAAUAAAAGCUAUUCAUUGGUUUUUGUGGAGUUUGUUCUGUGAAGUAGUAUUCUUAAAUGAGGGUUGGAAAACUGUAUUCUCCGAUUGGUUAUCCCGCUGAACACUUUUUGACCUUCAUACCUAUUUUAGUAAAUCGAGGAACAGUGUCAUAGAAAACCUGCCAUGCUAGAAGGGGCCCUUUAGCUCAGGUUUAUGGUAUGAUGAUGGCAGGAUUAGAAACACAUUGCUCUACCUCUUCCCCCCCCCCCUCUUGCAAGGGGAUUGGGGAAAGGACAGAAAUCGAGACUGCAAUGUUCUUAAGCAUGUUUUUAAUACACCAUUUGAUUGUGAGUUCAAUUUUAUUUUUAAGCUGGCACUUAAUUGUAAAGUGUUAAUGGAUCUUCUCCAAUGCUUGUAGUUCCCAUGUCCCACUUCUGAUGCCUUUUUGUACACAUGCUAAACCUUUUUUUAAAAAUUAAAAUUUGUUUUCAAAAAUUGGCA